GGCGAUCUCGCGGGAAAACAACCGUUGCCUGUCUCGGCGUUGUUUGGAGGUGGGGGGAGCGGUGGAGGCGGGAGUGAACUCUCGCGAGAAGAGGCGGCAGCCGUAGCGGAGCAGUGUGGUUGUGUGUGUCUGCGGAUCCGCCGCUCUAACUGCGGACGGUUUGCUAAGCCCGUUAGUGCCCUCGGCCGAGACUCACGCCGCCGUCAUGUCCCGCUACCUGCGGCCCCCCAACACGUCUCUGUUUGUCAGGAACGUGGCGGACGACACCAGGUCUGAAGAUUUACGGCGUGAAUUUGGUCGUUAUGGUCCUAUAGUUGAUGUGUAUGUUCCACUUGAUUUCUACACUCGCCGUCCAAGAGGAUUUGCUUAUGUUCAAUAUCCUUUCUUCAGAUGGCUGAUUAGUGAGGGGUGUUGAAGUUUGAAAUUCAAGUUUAUAGAAUGUAAAGCUGUACAGUUAUGGCGACCCCAAAGAGAAAGCAUGAAAGAACCUUUAGAGUAGAGUUCAACACUUAAGGCAAGUAGACAAGCCAAAGACCUCUUAAGGAUCAGGCUUGAAGAGAAGGGAGAGUUUGGGAAAAGAAAAAAUAAAGAAAAGCUGGAAGAAGGACAAGCCUAAUGGGAGACAAAGCCUCGCUUUAUCUACAAAAGGGGGAAAAGGUUGUUUUUCAAAGUUAAAGAUAAAGCCAUCUGUCAUAUUUGGCCAAGCAUCUCAUGACAAGUCCUUCUGACAAGCACUUAAAGAGUUAAAGGUCAAGAUGAAGUUGAAUGAUGGCCAAGAUUAAAGGAGUCAUACCUGAUCACAUUUGAGGAUGUUCGUGAUGCUGAAGAUGCUUUGCAUAAUUUGGACAGAAAAUGGAUUUGUGGACGUCAAAUUGAAAUACAGUUUGCACAGGGGGAUCGGAAGACACCAAAUCAGAUGAAAGCCAAGGAAGGAAGGAAUGUGUACAGUUCUUCCCGUUAUGAUGAUUAUGAUAGAUACAGACGGUCUAGAAGCCGAAGUUAUGAAAGAAGGAGAUCAAGAAGUCGGUCUUUUGAUUACAACUAUAGAAGAUCUUAUAGUCCUAGAAACAGUAGACCGACUGGAAGACCACGGCGUAGCAGAAGCCAUUCCGACAAUGAUAGAUUCAAACACCGAAAUCGAUCUUUUUCAAGAUCUAAAUCCAAUUCAAGAUCACGGUCCAAGUCCCAGCCCAAGAAAGAAAUGAAGGCUAAAUCACGUUCUAGGUCUGCAUCUCACACCAAAACUAGAGGCACCUCUAAAACAGAUUCCAAAACACAUUAUAAGUCUGGCUCAAGAUAUGAAAAGGAAUCAAGGAAAAAAGAACCACCUAGAUCCAAAUCUCAGUCAAGAUCACAGUCUAGGUCUAGGUCAAAAUCUAGAUCAAGGUCUUGGACUAGUCCUAAGUCCAGUGGCCACUGAUAGUAUAAACUAUGAUAAUUUUUAGGCAUGUAUCAUUCAUUUACUCAUAGUUUGGUUUACUUAAAUUAUCAGGAAUACAAUGUUGCAAUGAUGCUUAAAAACACUUGUUAGUUUUCCCUGUACCAGGCAAUGGUUAUAAUUAAAAUAUGCUGUUGAGAAGCCACUCUUAAGAGUCCAGUUUGUUUAAUGUUAUGGGCAGCUACCAAUUUGUGGUGUCUCUGUAUAUUUUUGUAAAGAUUCUCAUUUUUUAUGCUUGAAGUAUUUGGUGAAAAGAUGUUGGUUGACCAUAAUUUGCAACAUUGUCUUAUUAAAAAUAAACUUUCAUAUUCAUAUUUGGUAGAACUGUUAACCUAGAAUGUAGCUUGAUAAUAAGAUAGAAUAAUACAAAAGUGAAGUUGUAGCCACAGUACAACACUGACUGCUCAGACACAUUUAGGUUCAGGGUGGACCUUUAUGUCUUGGCAAGAUGUCUAGGCCCCUGAUAAUAGUUUAUUUAUGAUGCAGUGUGGAAUAGUUCUUUUGUUAACCUCACUGUCUUGGGGAAUGAUGCCAACUGGGUUAUGUAGUAUUUUGAGGGAGGUGGAGUUUUUGACUGAAACAUGGAGCCUUCACUGCUUUUUUCUGGUUUCUAUGAAGAUUUGGAACACAGAAAACAUCAGAAAAACUCACCUUAAAAUUCGAGCAGGCCAAUGAUGGCAAAAAUAAUUUUAAGAGGAAAAGGGUGUUCUUAUGUAGUUACGCUAAAAUUUAAGGAAUAUUGUUGACCAUAAUAUUGCUUAGUUUUUUUACUGCUGUUAGAGGCAAGUAAAUUGUUUCAUAGUAGGUUUUGUGUGUGUGUAUGUAUGUGCAUAGUGUAAAAGAACUGAAUUUUGAUGCUUAAAGCACUUGGCUUGUGCAUUUGUAUCAAAAUUUGCCUGCCUCUUCAUGAGGGAGAUUUGCUCUUCACAUUUCAGUUUAUUUAAUAUAAGGCAAGUUGAAAGACAACACUCUCAUUCUAGGUGAUUCUGUGGUGCCAUGAAAUUUAAAGUAGUUUUCAAAAAGGAUUAGUCAGUUUUAAGCAAGAGUCACAUCUCUUGAGAUUUUGAUUAUCAAUGUGUAGUACCCAACUAAAAUGAAGAAGUAAUAUCCUUAUCCAUUUAUAAUUUCUAGUAUUUCUCUGAAAGAUCGUUUUGGGGACAAAGUGACUUGACAUGUCCAGUCUCAUUUCAGAAUUAAAAGCUGGCAUCUUUAAAAAUCUCAGAUUGCUUGCUUGCAGAUAUAAGUAAGAAAUUACAGGGAAACGAUUCCUUUUAGAGGAUUACUUUUUCAAUUUUGGUUUUAGUAAUCUAGGCUUUGCCUGUAAAGAACAAAAAGAUGGUUUUUAAAUACUGUUUGUGGAAUGUGUUUAAAGGAUUGAUUCUAGAACCUUUGUAUAUUUGAUAGCAUUUCUAGCUUUCAUUUCUUUACUGUUUGCAGUUAAUGUUCAUGUUCUGCUAUGCAAUCAUUUUUAUGCACGUUUCUUUAAUUUUUUUAGAUUUUCCUGGAUGUAUAGUUUAAACAACAAAAAGUCUAUUUAAAACUGUAGCAGUAGUUUGCAGUUCUAGCAAAGAGGAAAGUUGUGGGGUUAAACUUUGUAUUUUCUUUCUUAUAGAAGCUUCUAAAAAGGUAUUUUUAUAUGUUCUUUUUAACAAAUAUUGUGUACAACCUUUAAAACAUCAAUGUUUGGAUCAAAACAAGACCCAGCUUAUUUUCUGCUUGCUGUAAAUUAAGCAAACAUGCUAUAAUAAAAACAAAAUGAAGGAAAUAAUGAUUAACUGGAAUUAUUAUAGUAUUGAAUAUGAUUCUAAAAUAACAGUGGAAACAAUCCUUUGUAGAUUCAGGAAUAUUUUUAAUCAGUGUCGCACUAGGCACAACUAACUUUUACUUAGGAAAUGAUAGCACUUGCCAGAUAGCUACAUCUUUUAUGUAGUACUUAAGAAUUCAUUAUGUAAUGUCAAAGUUGUUUUAUGAUUUGCUCAUUAAGCCUCUUGGGUUAAAUAACUAUUAAGAGGUUAUUUGGUAGUAUUAAGAUAUAUAUAUUAAAGUGAAAUUUGGGUUAGCUAAAUAUAAGUUUAUACUUUAUUGGGUGGAUCAGUAAUUCCCACUUCCUAAACAAGAUGCAUCGGGUCUUCUGUUUAUGGCAUGAUUUUAAAUUCUUGUUCAUUGAAUGUUGGUGAGUAGUAAUUAAUGUGUAACAACCACUUUGGGGAAGUAGGUGAGGUGUUUUGUGAUUUGAAUUUGCUACUUCAUGACAAUUAUAGUAUUUAUGAUUUGCCAGACACUUCAAAAAGCGUUCUGGUAACUCAUUUACUCUUCAUAAAACCCUAUGAGAAAGAUAAUUUUAUUUCCCUCAUAUUGCUGGUAAAGAAACUGAGGCGCAAAGAAAAGACUGUUAAAGGCAGAGGCAAGAUUUGAGCCAGGCCUGGUCCUUAGAUUUGUUUGUUUGCAAACUAUAAUUUGAGAGAAGUAGAUUGAGGAGAUAGCCCACUGAAAUUGUUCUUAGUCUCUGUGUAGAACUAGAAGGUCUGAUGUUUUCAUUUUAUUUUCUACUCGUGUCACCUUAUUUUUAAUCUCAGACUAUUUUCUUGAGAACCUUAUAUGUUGUUUCUAAAGUCAUAUACCUAACAGCUUCAAAAGGUUUAUAAUUGAACCCAUGAUGGUUAAGAUCCUACAGAAAAUUGGUGACGAUCUUUACAUAGUGUUUUAAGUUAAUUUUGGGUUACGUAGUUGAGUCCCACACUUACUGAGUACCUACUGUAUGUCUGGCACUGGGCUCAAUAUUAAAUAGAUUGGUCAUAUCAACACUCAAGUGAGGGCUGAGACUUCAUCUCUCCUUUUACUUAAGAUCUCUGCAUUUUUUUUUUUUUUUGAAGCCAAGUAAGCAAGAAGAAAAAUGAGAGAUAAUGCUUCAGUGAGAGAGGAAAGGUGCUACAUAGAGUAUGCGCUAUUAAGUUACAACCCAGGGAAAAGACCUGGGAACUAUUGUAUUAUUCUCUUGAAAAUUUGGCCCAGUAAGCUGCUACAUCCAGUUCAACUAACAAAAUCCUGUAUACCACAGAGAAGAAUAAAGAAAACCAAACUGACAAACAUCCUUCUUUUAUUUAAGACCAAACUGCAGCUGGAAUACCCAGUACAGUUCUGCUUACUACACUUCAAGAAAGAUCUGAAAGCGGAAAAAGAACCAAAGAAGGGCAGUUCAAGCGACCAAAGGGUGGGUGGAAGGUGCUGCAGUAUGAAUACUGUACGAAUAUUUUGACUCUGGUCUGAAAAGAUAAAAGAAUGUUAUCGAAAACUACAUGGAAUAAUUGAAGUCCCUUCAAGUUUGAAAGUAAGCAUUUUAGGACAAAUAAAAGGAAAUUCAACUUUGUACUUGUGGAAACUAAUCCCUAAAUAUGAAUAGGUUUAUAUUGAUUCAUGGGUAACAGGUCCAAAAUAAAUUAUUGGAAACUAGGAUGUCUGGAUAUCAAGGAAGACAGCCAUAGUCUCUUACAGUGCCUCUAUUGGUCUGUCUCAAACUGAAUUGGGUGGGGAAAGGUGUGGUCCAAUAUAAACUUCCUUGGUUAUCUCUUAAAAGUCAGUUCCAUUUUCACCAUUAUUGGCAAAUCUUGCCUUUAUAUUGGUGCCAGUGUUUUUGCUUAAUCGUUUGCUUUGUUGGCAUCUGAGUUUACUUGUACGCCACAUGCAGUUUACAUCUUCUUUUACUCUUUCCCAGGUAAAUUCCAAUUAUACUUGACAUCCAGCUAAGAGGGCCCAUCUCUUCUCAGUUCUUUCCUAGUCAGUAUGUUUAGCAAAUAUUUAUUGAGCCCUUACUGUGGGCAAAACAUUGUACUGGAUAAUUGGGGAGAAAAAUAGAUAAUUCCCUUAUUCAAUAAAUGUCUACUGAGCACAAUCUAGUGAAUCAUUACAGUAUGGCCUCAUUGUUUUGUUUGAGGUGUAUUCGUAACAAUAUUUUACACCAUUCGUAUCUGUAAUUAUAAAACCCAAUAUACUAUCAAAAAUAAUUUUGUGGUUAUCUGCCAUUUAAAAGUAUCCAGUAUUUUCUGUUUGCAUCCAUUAAUACGAAUAAUGAAAAGAUGAUGUUUUAAUCUGUAAUAAACUGGUUUAUUGUGCAGUGACUGUAAUAUACUAGAAUUAUAUUAAAUUGUUAGCUCUGCCUCAUCAAUCACAUAUUAGGAAAUAGUCCCCAAAAUAAGUAUUUAACUUUGCAUUAGAUAUCAAGGAGACUCUGGGUGCUAUAAUUAGAUUAUUUUGAGGCAGACAGAGAGCUGUUGUCCCAGCUGAUUUAGUAUGUUCUGUAAUUGAGAAAAUGUUCACCAAAUUAUACUUUUUAGUGAUUUACAUGUACAUUUUAUAGGGGACAUGUUCUGUGUAUAGUGAAUAAAUAACUUUUAUAGUAUCACAAAA